AUGAUGCAGUCUCUCGUUUUCUUAUCUUUGAUAGCGGCCACAUUUGCUUCGUACGGAGCAAACCUCAAUUACCGUUCUCCUUCCGUGAACCACCCUGCCCUGGGCAUCUCAGUCCGCAAGGUAGUCAAGCGUCACAAUCCCAGGUCCGCGUUUGCAGCUGGUUCGCUCAAUUUCACUCACGGUGUUGCCUCCGGUGAUCCAUACCCAAACAGUGUGAUCCUGUGGACGAGAUGUCCUCCUACUUUUGACGACGUCAACAACAACAGCACCACCUCUGGUUUCGUGCCACUGUACAACCCUGUUCCCAUCUACAACGACACCGACGAGGCCAAACCGGUGUCCACUGCUCCAGUGUGCUUGAACUGGAAGAUCGCCUCAGACAACAAGCUAUCGUCUGUCGUUGACUCUGGCACUGUCUACACCAGCUCAGACGUCGACUACACUGUCAAGGUUGAAGCCACUCAUUUGAGUCCAUUCACACAAUACUGGUACCAGUUUACUGUCUGCAACUCGAAUCAAACGUCUAUGGUCGGCCGAACCAAGACGACUCCUGCCCCAAACGAUAACGUUUCGGGUAUCAAUCUUGCAGUCUAUUCUUGCAGCAAUUUCCCAUUUGGCUUUUUCAAUGCCUACGGUAACCCAGUCCGCAAGGACUCCGUGGACUAUGUGAUCCAUCUAGGAGACUAUAUCUACGAGUACAAGAACGGUGACUACGGUUGGGGUCAGAGCAUUGGUCGUGUCCCACUACCAGACAGAGAGAUUUACACUCUCUACGACUACCGCAAGCGACAUGCCACUUACAGGACAGAUCUGGAUCUGCUUGCCAGCCAUCAGAAUUUCCCAUGGAUUCCUGUUUGGGAUGAUCAUGAGGUCGCCGACAACACCUAUCGAGAUGGUUCGUCCGAGCUCAACAACACUGAAGCAUCCUUUGUGGAAGACGGUGGUGUCUCCGUCGAUCAACGCAAGAUGAACGCCGUUCGUGCGUAUUUCGAGUGGAUUCCAAUCCGCCAAGUCGAAAUGGGCGACGAUCUCCGCAUCUGGCGAAACUUUCAAAUCGGCAAUCUUGUCGACCUGAUCAUGCUCGACACUCGACAAUACGACCGAUCCAUCACCGACUUGUACUGGAACACGCACUACGUUCACCAGAUCUCUAACGACGCCGGGCGGUCAAUGAUGGGCUCCCGCCAAGAAAACUGGUUCUACUCGUCUCUCAUCAACUCCAAAAACCGCGGCGCGAAGUGGCGCGUCAUCGGCUCCCAGACAGUCUUCAGCCGCAUCAACGAGUCGCUGGCAUACGGCAACGUUGAUCCCCUAGACUACGAUGCCUGGGAUGGAUACCAGGCCAACCGGAACCGGACAUACCAGACGCUAUAUAACAACAACAUCACAAAUAACAUCAUGAUUUCUGGCGAUUCCCACGCGAACUGGGUGUCCGACCUCGUCUGGCUCGACCAUUCGCCGUACGAUCCUUCGACUGGGGCAGGGUCCAUCGGUGUCGAGUUUGCGGGUUCUGCCGUGUCCUCCCCAUCGCCAGCGGGUCAGAACAUUUCUAUCGCCGCAAGUGUGCAGGGGAGCCAGUGGCUCGUCGGGGCGAAUCGCGAACUGCAAUGGAGCGAGCUUUACUACAGGGGUUACUAUGAGUUGCAUAUCACACAACAGCAGGUGCAGGCGCAGUAUUUUGGCAUGCCGACGCUCGUGAAUCGGAACCCUGGAGAGAUCUCACUCGCAAACUUCACGGUGUUGAGUGGUGAGAACAGAUUGCACAGGUUCAAUGGCACCGUCGUGCCUGCUCCGGUCGAGAACGGCUACGUCAAGUUCGGACAAGUCAAGCAGACCAAUAUCACCAACUCGACAGAUACGGGCUUGUACUAUAUCAGCCAUGACAAUGUGGAGGAUAUCUGA